AACACAUCAUUUCUCCAAAAACUGAACAGGCGAUGGAGGUCAGCACGCUUGUGGUGCCCGCAACGGCAUCGACUCCCCCCUCGGCGCGUGCGGACCCGACAGCAUCAUUCGAUGCCUGGAUGCUGCAGAAGCUUCGACAGGAGUGGAGCUCGCACGAGUUCGGCGGACUGUUGACUCCCUCAAAGCUCGCAGAGGCGCGCGCCAGCUUCCCGCACCUGGAGACACCCAUUAAGGUCCGCCUACUCUUAUCACUCCUGAGUGUCCGUCGCGAUGAAGCGGAUGCCGCUGCGGGCAAAAAGGAGGUGGAUGCGCUACUGCAAUUGGCAGAUAAGGACUCCGAGGAGUGGGUCAAGGUCAGCGCCGGUAUCGUUAAGCAGUUUCGGAUACUACAAGCCGAUGGUCAGCCCAACGACUCGUAUCUACACGCGCAGCUCGAAGCCACGGCCUCUAAAGUGGUGCAAGCGGUUGCUACUCCAAAGCGACGCAGCAGUAGCUCGUCACAAGUGGCAAUGGACGACUUUUUCUCGCUAGAAAACGGACUUUUGAAUCCAUCGUUGCGUCCACAGGUGGCACCGACGGCAGCCACACACUUCACGGUGAGUGGGGAGGACGACGAUGCCAAUGGGAAGGAGGACGAGGUGGGCGUGUCGCCUGUGAAGAAGCCGCUGCAUCGGCCGCAGAUGGCGCGACCAGGAACAUCUGCGGCUUCAACAGCGCCGACGAGGUUGGCACCGGCGGCGAAACCUCCGGUGGGCAAGAAGAAGAACCUGACGGAAUUGUCGUCGGAGAUCCGACGGAAGGCAGAUGCUGGACGCUUCAAGCGACAGAGAAGUCGUAUCUCGAUGAUUGAUAUCAAUGAAGUGAAGCAGAUUGAAUCGGAAAAGGCACAGAAGGCGGAGGAGCGGAAGAAACAGAAAUUAAUGGCGAAGGAAAAGGAGAAGGAAAAGGCCAAAGAGAAGGAGAAGAACGCUGCAGCUGCGGCUGCCAAUGCUGGUGAGAGCAGUGGAGCUGUCGAUGGCGCAGCUCCCCAAGCUGCUGUCAAUGACGAGCACGCUGCCAUCGCUGCCGAUAUUUUUGCCAUGCAUCAACAGCCUGGACCGGACGAGUCGAUGCAGCAGUAUUCUCAGCAACAACUUCAAGUUGAAGACGAUACUGACGCAACUGAUGUUAAUCAGCAGACUGGCGGAGAUGAAUACGUCCCCGAUGGAACGCAGGCGCUGCUGAAUGCCGCUUUCCACUCUACCCAGGACAUUAUGAAGGAGGUUGUGAGUCAGCAGAACCAGCAGAUACAAGAGCAGCAACAGAUGCAACAGCAGCAGUUGCAGCCGCCCACAUACCAAGAUUUGUAUCGGACUCAGCAACAAAUGCAGAUGCACCACUUGGCCCCUCCUCAGCAGCAAUACCACCAGGGCUUUGAACCGGAAGAUGCAAGCAUGAACAACACGAACACGACUGGAAUGGCCAUGGGAUUUGGUGGCUACAACUACGGAAGCACUGCAGGAUACUACGGCGACCAGUUCGGUAACUACGGCAACGCGUUUGGUACUACAGGAUACGGCAACUCUGCUAUGGGUCAGCAGGACAACAGCAUGGGUCUGCCUCCUCUGGGCGGGCGGCAGUUGGGUUUCGAUCCCACGCAGCAGCAACAACAGCACCAACAACAAAACAAUGGAGGAUACAUGGGCGGAUCAGGGGAAUACUGGAGAUAAACAUAGUUGUUGGAAGGCUCUGCUGACACGCAAAAGUGGUAAAGUGCAUUUUGUUUGGAACGUCGACCAGGCGUGUCGAUAAGCAACAAUUUAUUCAUCGCGACUCCGUGCAUUCUGAAAAUUAGAAUCGUAGGUAGUAGUGAAAAGCGUGGAUGUAGGGGAAACCUCCCACGUUUCGUGCACAGUCGCUUCGUUCGUAUCCGUCUGGAAUUGCGAAGCUAGACACAUUUUGCGGCCCAAUGUGUACGUUAUGGAAGUCAAACGUCUGCAGCAUCGUUGGCUGCCCAUCAAUGACAUUUUCUUCCGUUAGCCGAAUCGGAACUACAAAGCCCAAAAACGAAAGAAGUUAAUUAUCUCUACGACCUCCUGCAUGGGCUUUGAUCAUAUUAGUACCAUUGGUUGAGACGUCAC